AUGAGAACUAAAUUUCAAGAUGUUGAAAGAGUAGUGAAUGAGCGGAUGUCGAAAAUUUUCCAAGAGUUGAAUGAAAGAUGUCGAAAUCUUCCAACUGAAAACUUUGAAUACGAAGAUGAAUGUAUAGAAGAUACAGAGGAAACUGAUAUGUCAACUCAGUUUUUGAGAAUGCAGAAAAAUCAGCUGAUUGAUUUGAAACAAAAUCUGGAGAGUCCAGACAAGCUCGAGAGUGAAGAAUUACCUCCAUACGAAGCCUUUUUCAGUAAACUGAGAAACAACAACCCUCUUGAUAAAGACUUUAAGGAAUACCAGAACCUGAAGUCAAGUGGACUUGAUGAGCAGCAAGCACUAAAGAAACUUCAAAUCAGUUACUACUCUCUCCAACAACAUCGGAGAAAGGAACAUGGAGUAAAACAACGGAAACCCAGUGAUACGGUGGCAGACUUGAACAAGAUUUUGGAGGAGGAAGGGGAAGAUGGAGAGAAACUCAAAGAGGAGUUGAGUGCUUGUCAGCAUUUCUUGGUGGACACUGAGAUGGAGAAUGAGAGGCAUAAGAUAUUUAACUUUCAAAUGUCAAAGUUAGAUACCAAGAUUAUCAACGAGAAGCUUGAAGAAGUCUUCAACAAGCUAGAUUCCGCUGCAAAAAUUAAUAUUGCUCUUGGAUUUAUUCUCCGUAAUGUCGAAACGGGAGAAUAUCGGUAUUACUAUGCACACGAAAACAAUACUUUGUUCGAAAAAUCGCAUUUACUGUGUACGAAAGCGGAUUUGAUUACAAUCCAGGGAAAAGUUGAAAAGUUUGAUAUCGUGGAGCAAUGCACCCAAGCACAUGUUGAAAGAGUAGUGAAUGAGCGGAUGUCGAAAAUUUUCCAAGAGUUGAAUGAAAGAUGUCGAAAUCUUCCAACUGAAAACUUUGAAUACGAAGAUGAAUGUAUAGAAGAUACAGAGGAAACUGAUAUGUCAACUCAGUUUUUGAGAAUGCAGAAAAAUCAGCUGAUUGAUUUGAAACAAAAUCUGGAGAGUCCAGACAAGCUCGAGAGUGAAGAAUUACCUCCAUACGAAGCCUUUUUCAGUAAACUGAGAAACAACAACCCUCUUGAUAAAGACUUUAAGGAAUACCAGAACCUGAAGUCAAGUGGACUUGAUGAGCAGCAAGCACUAAAGAAACUUCAAAUCAGUUACUACUCUCUCCAACAACAUCGGAGAAAGGAACUUGGAGUAAAACAACGGAAACCCAGUGAUACGGUGGCAGACUUGAACAAGAUUUUGGAGGAGGAAGGGGAAGAUGGAGAGAAACUCAAAGAGGAGUUGAGUGCUUGUCAGCAUUUCUUGGUGGACACUGAGAUGGAGAAUGGGAGGCAUAAGAUAUUUAACUUUCAAAUGUCAAAGUUAGAUACCAAGAUUAUCAACGAGAAGCUUGAAGAAGUCUUCAACAAGCUAGAUUCCGCUGCAAAAAUUAAUAUUGCUCUUGGAUUUAUUCUCCGUAAUGUCGAAACGGGAGAAUAUCGGUAUUACUAUGCACACGAAAACAAUACUUUGUUCGAAAAAUCGCAUUUACUGUGUACGAAAGCGGAUUUGAUUACAAUCCAGGGAAAAGUUGAAAAGUUUGAUAUCGUGGAGCAAUGCACCCAAGCACGUCAGAACACAAAAGUGGAGGUAGAGAGAGAGAGAGAGAGAGAGAGAGAGAGAGAGAGAGAGAGUGAUGCCCCUGACAUUCUUCUAUCCGGAGUUGGAGGGAAAGAAGACGUCGCAUCAGGCAUAAGUGAAGGAAGCAGUCAGGAGACAACAGGAACUGAACGAGCUGUGCAGACGGAACACAGCACGGGCACAGAUGAGACAGCGGAAGAAGUACGAUGA